CUUGACUCCAAGCAUCCUAGGUCCCUGUCUGCGACACUGCAGAUAUGGGGGCUCUGAUAUUUCUGUGUUUUGCAGUGUCGCUUCUCUCAGGUGAGGACAAGAGAGGAGACGAAAGAGACGCCCAAUGGCAUUGCUCUCCGCUGUGUGGUGCAGCCGUCUCAUCCCGUGAUGCUUUCUGCGAACACCCCAAAUUCUCUCUGCCUGUGAAGGGAGCCGGCACAGUCCACAUCCACCUGUCGGCGGUUGUCAAUCUUGCCAUUGGGGCUGGGCUCAAAAUCGUCGAUCACCUGAAGGAUGCGCCCUUCUCGGGAGAACUGCAAGUGGAAAGCAAAGACGCUCCGCAAGGUAAGCGAUUCCAUGCAAACAGUCUUUGAAACACUCGAAUGUCUCUGUCUGUCUGUCUGUCUGUGGGUGCAUGAUUCCAGAUUUGGUGACGUCAGCUGAUCGGUUGAGUGACGAGUACAUCCGAGGAGGGAAGUGGACCGAGACGGGCAAGACGAUCAUCAACGACAAGGGCAAGCCGGAGAAGGAGAUGGUCUUCAAGAAGACAGAAGGCCUGACGGCUCUCCGCCAAUGGAAAGGCAUCGACGCCCUGAGCGAAGAGGAGAGCAGCGAAGGGUUUCCUGAGACAUACUGGCUGGUGGACCCCUUAGACGGAACCAGCAACUUCGCGGGCGACGCCAAGAAGUGGAUGGGGCAGGUCAGAUCUUUCUCUUCUUCCCCUGACAAAGGCAAGCUCUACCAGGAGAUGAAGAAAGUCCUUGCAGCCGAGUGGACGGUCAUGGUGGCCCUCGUCCACAAGAACAAGGCAGUGGCGGGGGUAGUCACGGUGCCAUGGAAACGAGUCGCCUACUAUGGCGUGGUCAAAGGUGGCGAUGUGGCCAUCGACAGUCCUGAUGGGAGGUUUGCCUGCCGCCUCGUGUACGGAGAAGGCCCAUGGAGCGAGGGAACUGCGCGCAGGAUGCAUGAGAAAGCGGCGUCCAAUACACCGCUGACGGCAUACGGCGGCGGGUGCAUUCAGGGUCUGGAAGCACCCCACAUCAGGCCUGGCAGUCUGGUGCAGAAGAUAGGGAGCGACAAGAACCACAACGACGCCUACGACGCCUACGACUACUUCCUCUCACGCCAUCCCAGCGGCCCGAUGUUCAAUUUCAGGGAGGUGGAGAUCACCAAGCCCGGGGCAAAAGUGACGACAACGAAUGUUCAAGAGUUUGGCUCAUCACUGGUACCGUAGCGAGGCGGGUCUCGCUGGCAACGAUCACAGAAAGCGAGCGUGUCUCCCCCUCCGACCGACGUGUGCAAUUGCAGAAAUUUUUGAUGGUAAUAGACCCUGAGUUGCUAUGGUUCUACGACGGAGGCAGUGUCUCACGUCAGCCGGAACCUCGCUGUGGAGAGACAAUGAUCUGGUCGGCCAACCCGAAACUCUACGAUGUGGUACGGACGGGCAAGACACAUGCGCACUUACAACAGUCGACAUCGCAUGGGCCCUGCAUGCAGAUCUAUCCUCGGAUCGCACCUUUGAAGGCAUGGGACACUGCCGCGGCACACGCCAUCCUCAAUGCGGGAGGCGCCAUGAUUUUGCGAGUCGACUGCGACAACGAGGGCAACCGGGAGUACGGCAAGGAGACGGGGCCCUUCAGCUUCACAGUGAGUGGGGAGGAGGUGGGCUACUCGCGGACAGAGGGGCCCGACCAGUGUGUCGCCAACACAAGGUGGGUGGGUCGGUGGAGAUGGGAUAGACAAAGACAUCGGCGGGAUGGCAUGUGCAUGUGCAUACGGCAUGUGUCUCUUCAGGCACCAUCAAGAUGUCCCUACCCUCAAGACCAAGAAGGAGUUUCAGGACUACUUCAUCGCCAUGGGGCCACUUGAUGUCGCUGGAAGCGGCAAAUCCCUCACAGAAAUGCUGUCCGGCCAUUGCCUCAAAGACCCGAAAACACAACAGAAGUGAACAAGCUAACCAAUCAAGCGAGACAUACAUAUACCUGUCAAUGUUGCCAUGUGUCUCUGCAGGACGCCCAUGACUUGCCUACAGCGGAAAAACACAUGCGCUGAAGAGGACAUGAGCCACCUGAACAUGAGCCACCUGUCUCAGUGCGCAUCAGAGGCCUACGGGAGGACACCAGAUGAAGGACACAAGAAGACCGCUGUCCGCGGCAACCCGAAGGCACACAGUGCGUCAUCAGCUCUGGAGGUAAGCAGACCAGCACGGCAAUGAAAGCAUGUAUGCGCAGCCAUAUGACGGACCGUGCCAUGUUAUGCGUGUGCAGAUGCCCGUCGCCACUGCAGCUGCGGUGUGAGUGUCAUUUCAUUGACCGCGUGCAAGACAAUUAAGUGACACGUCGAGAAUGGACUAAUGAGAGAGGGUGCGGCGCUCUGAACACGAAAGGACGUUGGUUGAAUUGCUGAAGAGGUGCU